CCUGUCCGUUUACACCUGUAGGGUUUCUAAAUGGAAGCGCGCCCCCUAAAGACAGGGUAACGGACACUAUAAAGCGGCGUUUGUCGAAAAAAAAUCUCUUUUUCGUUUCUGGGAGGUGGGGAUUUGAAUCGCGGUGGAUUAUUCUGGUGCAUGGUUUUAAUCCUCUGUUACAAAAGCUUAGUGCUGGCCAUUCUGUGUCAGCAGAGCAGCAGCAGCAGGACUGUAGCGAGCCGGUCGCCGCGUGAGAGAACCCAGCGCCGCUGGUAGGAAGGUGCUUGUGACGACAGCAGAAGGAGCUGGUGCGCGCCGCGUCUGCCUCGCAGCUACCUGACACGAAUACUGAGGGAGCUCGCUUUAGAAGCGGGGACAUCCAGAAAUAGGUGCUACCCAACACACAGCUAACCCAAAACAUGGAUGCCAAGGACCAAGGAGCCCAGAUGGAGCCCCUCUUACACACGAGGAAUGAUGAAGAAGCAGUUGUUGACAGAGGUGGUACUCGCUCUAGUCUGAAAAUGCACUUCGAAAAGGAAGAAUUAGAAGGUCAUCGGACUUUGUAUAUUGGGGUACAUGUGCCCCUAGGUAGUAGAAAGACCCACAGACAUCACAGGCAUCGGGGACACAAACAACGGAAAAGGGAACGAGGAAAGGAAUCUGGGUCAGAAGACGGGAAGGAGUCACCUAGUUAUGACACACCAUCUCAGAGAGUGCAGUUUAUUUUGGGAACAGAAGAUGAUGAUGAAGAACAUAUACCACAUGACCUGUUUACAGAACUUGAUGAAAUUUGUGUCCGUGAUGGGGAAUUGUCAGAAUGGAAAGAAACUGCACGAUGGCUGAAGUUUGAAGAAGAUGUGGAGGACGGUGGUGAAAGAUGGAGCAAACCGUAUGUUGCAACACUGUCUCUUCAUAGCUUGUUCGAGCUAAGGAGCUGCAUUCUCAAUGGUGCUGUCCUCUUAGAUAUGAAAGCCAACACCCUAGAAGAAAUUGCAGAUAUGAUCCUGGAUCAGCAGAUUUCAUCAGGUCAGCUUACUGAAGACCUUCGGCAGAAAGUCUAUGAAGCUUUACUUAAGCAGCAUCAUCAUCAGAACCAGAAGAAACUCAGUAACAGGAUUCCUAUUGUGAGAUCUUUUGCAGAUAUUGGCAAAAAGCAAUCUGAGCCGCAUUCCAUGGAUAAAGCUGCAGGACAGAUAACAUCGCCACAGUCUGCCCCAGCCAGUAUGGAAACAAAAACUAGCUUCAGCAGAGAAAACAGCACUGUUGACCUUGGCAAGGUUGACCUCCACUUCAUGAAGAAGAUACCAGCUGGAGCAGAAGCAUCAAAUAUUUUAGUAGGAGAAGUGGAGUUUUUAGACCACGCUUUAGUUGCAUUUAUUCGCUUGUCUCCUGCAGUCGUGUUGUCUGGCCUUGCAGAAGUUCCAAUUCCUACAAGAUUUCUUUUCAUCCUCUUGGGGCCACUUGGUAAGGGUCAGCAGUAUCAUGAAAUUGGAAGGUCAAUAGCAACUCUGAUGACUGAUGAGGUAUUCCAUGAUGUUGCAUACAAAGCCAAAGAUCGCAAUGAUCUGGUGUCUGGAAUAGAUGAAUUCCUUGAUCAGGUGACAGUUCUGCCACCUGGAGAAUGGGAUCCAACAAUACGAAUUGAACCACCAAAAAAUGUACCUUCUCAGGAAAAACGUAAGAUACCAGUGGUACCAAAUGGUAUGACUCCUGCAGAAGGGGAACCAGAGGAACAUGGUGGUCACAGUGGGCCUGAGCUGCAAAGAACUGGAAGGUUCUGUGGAGGACUAUUUUUGGAUAUAAAGAGAAAAGCUCCAUUUUACUUCAGUGAUUACCGGGAUGCCUUCAGUUUGCAGUGUUUAGCAUCAUUUUUAUUUCUGUACUGUGCUUGUAUGUCACCUGUCAUCACUUUUGGAGGGCUGCUGGGAGAAGCCACAGAAGGCCAUAUAAGUGCAAUUGAGUCCCUCUUUGGAGCCUCUAUGACAGGCAUUGCAUACUCACUAUUUGGGGGACAGCCUCUUACAAUUCUAGGCAGUACUGGGCCUGUCUUGGUGUUUGAAAAGAUACUGUUCAAGUUCUGUAGUGAAAACAAUCUGUCCUACCUUUCAUUACGAGCGAGCAUUGGGUUAUGGACUGCUACACUCUGUCUGAUUUUGGUUGCCACAGAUGCCAGUUGUUUAGUUUGCUACAUAACCCGCUUCACUGAGGAAGCCUUUGCUGCACUUAUUUGUAUUAUUUUUAUCUAUGAGGCCUUAGAGAAGCUGUUUCACCUUGGUGAGACAUAUCCAAUAAAUAUGCACAACAACCUUAACAUGCUGACAAAGUAUUCAUGUGUUUGUUUGGAGCCCGACAAUGAAAGCAAUACAACUCUUCAUGACUCUUUAGAAAUCAAUACAACCAUACCACCUGUUUCCUGGGGGAACAUGACUGUGCAGGAAUGCAGACAAUAUCAUGGAGAAUUUCAUGGCUCAGCCUGUGGUCAUGAAGGUCCAUACGUACCAGAUGUUCUCUUUUGGUGCAUUAUUUUGUUUUUUUCUACCUUCGUAAUGUCAGGUGCAUUAAAACAGUUCAAAACAAGCCCUUAUUUCCCUACUAAGGUUCGAUCGAUAGUCAGUGAUUUUGCAGUAUUUAUCACUAUUCUUACAAUGGUAUCAAUUGAUUAUGCACUUGGCAUUCCAUCUCCAAAACUUCAAGUACCUAGUGUUUUCCAGCCCACUCGACCUGACCGUGGCUGGCUCAUUAAUCCUUUGGGCCCAAAUCCUUGGUGGACGAUCCCAGCUGCUAUAAUACCAGCGUUGCUCUGCACUAUUCUCAUUUUCAUGGACCAGCAAAUCACAGCUGUAAUCAUUAACAGAAAAGAACACAAACUGAAGAAAGGAUGUGGAUACCAUUUAGACUUGUUAAUGGUCGGCAUCAUGCUUGGCGUGUGCUCAGUUAUGGGACUCCCCUGGUUUGUAGCUGCCACCGUUCUAUCGAUCACUCAUGUAAACAGCUUAAAACUAGAAUCAGAAUGUUCAGCUCCUGGAGAGCAGCCAAAAUUCCUUGGAAUUCGGGAGCAAAGAGUGACUGGACUUAUGAUUUUUGUUCUCAUGGGCUGUUCCGUAUUCAUGACCACCGUUUUGCAGUUUAUUCCUAUGCCAGUACUGUAUGGUGUGUUUCUUUAUAUGGGUGCGUCAUCAUUAAAGGGCAUUCAGCUGUAUGACAGAAUAAGGCUGUUUGCGAUGCCUGCAAAACACCAACCUGAUUUCAUUUACCUGAGGCAUGUUCCAAUGAGAAAAGUGCAUCUCUUCACAGUAAUCCAGAUGAGCUGCCUCAUUCUUCUGUGGGUGAUAAAAGUGUCCAGGGCUGCUAUCGUCUUCCCUAUGAUGGUGUUAGCACUAGUGUUUAUACGAAAACUUUUAGACUGCUUUUUCACCAAACGUGAAUUGAGCUGGUUGGAUGACUUAAUGCCAGAAAGUAAGAAAAAGAAGAUAGAAGAUGCUGAAAAGGAGGAAGAAGAAGGAGUCUUAGGAAUUCAAGAAGAAACAGCAACAGGUCAGCCAGAGGCUGAAACAGGAAUCGUACAGCUACCCCUUGAAGGAAAGUACAGGGAUGACCCUUCAAUAAUUAAUAUUUCUGAUGAAAUGGCAAAAACUUCACUUUGGAAGACACUUCUGAUGAAUACUGACAAUGCACAAACCAAGGAUUCCAGCAGUCCUCCCAAAAGCUCCCACAGCUAAUCUCGGCAGAUGCCAACUCCCCAGAGUUUUCAUAGAUACACUGAAACACGAGAAGAGAAGAAAGCUGACUCAGGGAAGCAUGUUGGCAGGGAGGAGAAAUAUCUGUGAAUUUGUAUUUAUCUGUCCCUAAUCAAUGAAAGAAGGCCACCCAUUAUUAUGAGCAACUGGAACUGUAUAUUGAGUAAUAUUUUGUUAUGUUUUCCACUGGAUAUCCAAAUAUAUCACAUUGUGAUUAGGGCAUUCAGAUGUAGCGUAGCUCUAUGGUUUAUUGCUAUAUUUCUUGUUCAGCAGAUUGUAUUAGUGUUUUAAAACAACUGCAGGAAUUUGACAAAUACCAUAGCUGUCAGUGUUGAUGUUCGGUGUGACCUUUGCAAACAGGAAUUAAGUCGUCACUGAAGGGUGUUUAUUUCUCUUCUAUUUUUGUGACAUGUUGUUAGUUUUUGGCACAUCUAAGUAUUAUAUUCUAGAAUAUGUUUUCUAAAUGUAAAUUGUUGCAAAAUAUUUCAGAAUUACAACAUUUUGAAUUUUAAUCAAUCAUUUUUUAUGUUAUGAAUGUUAUGAAUUGUCUAAACUGUCUUAUUUUAUGCGGGCAACGAAUAAAUUUCUCAUACAAAUUUUCUUAAAACUGAGGCCAUGUAAGCCAGUUAGAAAAUAUGAAAUAGAUGAAUAGAUUUUAUCAAUCAAAGCUUUCAUUACUGAGACAUAAUCUACAUUUCAAUGACUAGUAUAUUGUUUUUACUUUAACAGACUGCAGGCAGUU